AUUGCAGCUGCCAAUGAUAUCACUAUGAAAGACUCCUUGCAGUUUAAUUUUAAAAGUAUCGAAACUGCCACAACCAAGUUUUCUGAUUAUAACAUGUUAGGUAAAGGCGGAUUUGGUGAAGUUUAUAAGGGAACGCUUCCAAAUGGACGAGAAAUAGCUGUCAAAAGGUUAUCCAAGAGCUCUGGACAAGGUGCAUUGGAGUUUAAGAAUGAGGUUGUGUUAGUGGCAAAACUUCAACACAGAAAUCUCGUAAGGCUUUUGGGAUUUUGCUUGGAUGGAGAUGAAAGCAUACUUGUCUAUGAAUACGUGCCCAACAAAAGCCUUGAUUAUUUUUUGUUCGAUCCAAAAAAACAAGGUCAAUUGAAUUGGUCGGCAAGAUGCAACAUAAUUGAAGGAAUUGCUCGAGGAAUUCUAUAUUUGCAUGAGGAUUCUCGGCUAACAAUCAUACACCGUGAUCUCAAAGCAAGCAAUAUCUUGCUCGAUAUAAUGAAUCUGAAAGUAUCAGAUUUCGGCAUGGCCAAGAUGUUUGGAGUAGACCAAACUCAAGGAAACACUAGAAGAAUUGUUGGAACUUAUGGUUACAUGGCCCCAGAAUAUGCUAUGGAAGGAUUGUAUUCCAUAAAGUCUGAUGUUUUUAGUUUUGGAGUGCUCUUGCUUGAGAUUCUAAGUGGGAGGAGGAACACUAGCUUUCACAUAACAGAUUGUGCGCUUAGCCUGGUAGCAUAUGCAUGGCAGUUAUGGAAUGAAGGGAAAGCAUUGGAUUUAGUGGGUCCAUGUUUGGGAGACUCAUGUCAUUCAAACGAAGUUUUGAGAUGCAUCCAAAUUGGGUUAUUGUGCGUUCAAGAAGACGUAUUAUUAAGGCCUACCUGA